GAGAAAUAGAGAAGAGUCCACGCCGAAGGUGUCUUCAUUUACAUGCUGCCAGAUAUGCUCAGUUUCUCCAGACAGGGCCAUUGAAUAAUUUUAAGGCAGAGUGUGAGGAGGUGGAAGCUGAGAGAGAAAUGGAGGAAGGAGGAUUGAAGAACACAGAGGUUCGGAGUGGAACGGUGGGCACUCGAUACAGCAACGCGGACACAGCCUCACUGGGCGUCGGGGGUGAGCUGCCUGAGGAAGAUCAGAUUGAAGGAGCACAAAAGUCGGACUCCAGUGAUGCUCAGAGAGAUGGGGAGGAAGAGCAGACUGCCCCCUCACCCUAUAUGGAGAUCCUCACCGAGCCAACCAAUCGCACGGGGAACAUCUCGCCUAUCAUGUGGGUGGGAGAUGAGCUUGCAGACCAAGUUAGUCAGAAUGAAACAUCGCCCAUGCCUACAUCCUCAGAACUUGAUACCAGUGCAGACAGCGGCCUGGCCAGAGAGAGUGAAGAUGGCGGUGCCCAGGAAGACAAUGAGGUGACCGAUCAGUCAGCUUCUACAGACACUCACGCUGAUGUGGGUUACCCCAGUUGUCCCAUCGACGGGAGUGAGGAGGAGAGUGGCGCCAUGUCACAGGGUGACUGCAACUCUGAAGCUGUAAGGCAACUUAACCUUGACCUGUUGCCCCUGGAUAUCAGCAACGUAAACAUUACGACUAAAAGCUUGACCCCCGACUUCAGUGACCAUGAGGUAUUCUUUGAUCUGGUGUGGGAGAUCCAGAGCAGACGUCUCAAUGACCAACGGUGCUCCUUCCGUAAGAAGAUCAAAGACCGUCGAGCAUGUAGAUCAAUGCCCUCAUCACCUGUGGAAAAAGAAAGAACUUUCUUCCCCUCUAUGUCUUCACUGCAAACGGAAGAAUUCUUCAAUCUAAUUGCCUACUCCCAGAGCCGUCGCCUUGACGAUCAGCGGGCGGACUUUGAAGACUCCCCCACAGUUGAACUCAGCUCACCUUUUCCUGCGGGAACUGUUGAGUACCUGGCUCCAGUAGGGAGGACAGUAUCUCCAACGCAGCGAGGGGAAUCUCCAGCAGCCACUCCAGCAGAGGGAAACAAGUCUCCAGCCGAGGAAGCCGAGAUUUCAAGGGAAGAGGAGAUUCCAGCAGAGGAUGAGCAGGAUCCCGUAGAGAGGGAGGAGUUCCCAGCAGAGGGAAAUCAGAUUCCAGCAGAGGGGGAAGACAAUCCAGCAGAGAAGGAAGUACUCCCAGUGGAGAGUGAGAAGAUUCCCGCAAAGGGAGAUGGGAAUCCAGCAGAGGGAGAGGAAAUUCCAGCAAAGAGAGAGAAGCUCCCAGCAGAAGGGGAUGAGGUUCCAGCAGAGAGGGAGGAGCUUCCAGUAGAGAAAGGGGAGGCUGCAGCAAAGAAAGAGACGAAUCCAGCAGCGAAGAAGGAGCCAGAUGAUGACCUCUACAACACCAUCUUGAUGCAUCAGGCAGCCAGUGCUCGGAUUGAGGACCAGCGCAGCCACCCUCCCGCCUACAGCUCCCAGGCUUUCUUCGACCUGUUGCAGCGUCUGCAAGAGCAGCGGAUGGACGAGCAGCGGGCGCCCCUGCCGCCGGGACUGGCACCGAAGCGGGUGCCCGAUCGGCUUCAGGAGGAGCGUCGGGGCUCCAUCUUCUCUCCCCUGCUGAAGGGCAUGUCCCAACGCCGCGCCAACUCCAGCUAAAAGAGGAGGCAGCAAAAAAAGAAAAAAAGAAUUCAAAAUAGAAAUUAAGGAAUAAAUAAAAACGCGGGAGUAAGGCAACCACACCAGGCGGCACCACACACACACACACAAAAUUAUGUCCAUGUAUAUAUAUAUGUAUAUAUAUAUCUCCACAUUCAUCAGCUCCCAGAGGAGGUUGGCAACGUGGGAACUAAGCUGGGCGUUACGGUCAAAGAUAUUGCAGCGCAGAAGCUGGAUAACCUGAGAACAGCCAAAGGAACAAACUCUUCACCUCCCCCUGACCCGCGUCUAGAUGGCAUUAAAAUUGUGACUGCUCGGGACUGGGCCACCCCGCGGCGGGUAAAUGGCUCCCGCUCCUCCCGAUUUAACACCCGCGUUAAAGUCAGAGGCGUUUGGCACCUGCAUCCCCGCCCCGCCUCAAUUCACCGCUGCUGCUCCUGGUUUGCACCCCCGCCCUCCUGCUAUUCUGAACCUACCUCUUGGACCAAGCUUUUGACCACCUGCGCCGACUUGUCGCCGUCUUGGAUGUGAUCCCAAUAUCUUUUUGCCUGAUAAUGCUCCUGUGAAGCGCCUUGGGCAUGUUUUCCUACCUUACAGGCGCCAUGUAAAUGCAAGUUGUUGUUGUUGUUGUCAAAUAUCGUCAGAGGAUUUAAGCGGUGAUUCAGCUCAAUCCUGUCCGCCUUCUUUGGGGACAGUUGAGUGGGGGCUUGGUGGGGAGCAAGGGAUGCUGGUGAGCCAGUGUUCACUGGAGUGGGAGUGGGGUGGGGGCACUGGCGAAUCUCUCCACCUUACUCUCCACCUCCUUCCAAGCCACUGAUAUGAAAUGUAAUGACUCAGUUACUGUCCAGCUGAGACCUUCACCAAGACUGGGCCAAAUAGUUUUUGUUCAUCGUACGUUCUUGUGAUGGGAUUGUUGCUAACAAGGCCAGCAUUCCAUGCCCAUUCCAAAUUGCCCAUGAGAAGGAGGUGGUGAGCUGCCUCCUCGAAUUGUUGGAGCCCAUCUCAUGUCGUACCCAAAGUGCUGUUAAGGGAGGGACUUCCAAAAUUUUGAUACAGCGACAGUGCAGGAAGAGUGACAUAUUUCCAAGGCAGGGUGGUGUGUAACUUGGAGGGGAACUUCCAGGUGGCGGUGUUCCCACCUAUCUGCUGCCCCUGUCCUUCUAGGUGGUACAGGUUGCGGGUUUGGAAGGUGCUGUGCA